AGAGAGAGAGAGAGAGAGAGAGAGAGAGAGAGACCCGGGGACAGACGGCAGCUCUUCUUCUCCACACUCAGUGAUAGUUGUGAUAUUAACAUUAAUGCUGGUUCCUCCACAGCCUCGGAGCGGGUCGCGCGCUGCGUGCGGACCUCCAGCGCGCCUCCGCCGGAUCUCUUUACGAUUUGCUUUUUGGAGGAGCUGCACCGGUCUUCUCCCCCUCUUCUCCUCCUCCUCUUCCUCCGGCAGCUUUAACUGGUGGAUGAUAUUCAUGCAAGUCCUGCCAGAGCUGGAGAUACAAACCAAAACCUGAUAUGAAGAAACCCGCAGGAUUAAAAGCAACAAUGGGGCAACUCUGAAGCAAAGAACUCUCAAAACUUCCCCGUCUCUGAUACAAUGAUGUCCUGAAAGUGGGAAAUCUUUUGAAGAGAUUGUGAAAUCUCUUUUAUAGAUUAUGUGCAAGGUGUUUCUACCUUUUAUGGAUUGACCAGCUGACGAUGGAUCCGCUGUGUGGAAGUCAUUAACUCGACUAAACCCGCUGCUUUGUACGCAGCUUGGAUGAUUGAAGGAAGAGAACAUUUUAAUUGACCAGCAAAAGCCUCUCGAGAUCUCCCUAGAUGUGCAGCUGCAGAUAGCAGUAGUUUCAAGAGUUAGCGAGCUUGCGAAAGGCCAGGUAGACAGGGUAGUUUUUUUUAAACACCAUGAACGCUAGAGACAGCGUGGCGGUGAUGGAGACCCGGGCAGGAGGUCAGAAGGAGAAGCUGAGCGUGGACAAGGCCAACGCCGGGAAAGAGAUGGACGGAGAGGACGACAAGGUUCCCGGGGCGUACGACUGCAACAUCUGCGGACGCAGCUUCCCGUUCCUCAGCUCUUUGUCGCAGCACAUGAGACGCCACACUGGCGCUCGCCCCUACAAAUGCCCCUACUGCGACCACCGGGCCUCGCAGAAGGGCAACCUGAAGGUCCACAUCCGCAGCCACAAACUGGGCACGCUGUCCAGCCACCACUCCAACGAGGACGAAGAGGGCGGGGCCGAGGAGGAGGAGAUGAGGGUGUCGGAGGGCCUCGGGGGAACCAGCCCGACCAAGAGCAGCUCUGCCUGCAACCGCAUGAUCAACGGGGACGGCGGCGAGGAGAGCCGGAGGAAAAUGCCAGCGAGGAGCAUGAAACGGGAGAAGUCUGCGUCUGACCAGCGGCCUUACUGCUGCCGUCUGUGCGGCUACGAGGCCCAGCGGGAGGACCAGCUCCUCAGCCACAUCGAGAAGGUACACAUAACGGCCGACGCAGAGGAGGAGACGGCCGUUAAAGAAGAGGCGGUGACCGAGCCGGACGCCAUCCAGCCCCAGAGCGACGGGACGUUCCCCUGUGAGACCUGCGGACAGAUCUUCUCCCAGGCUUGGUUCUUGAAGUCGCACAUGAAGAAACACGCGGGGAUCCUCGACCACUGCUGCCGUAUUUGCGGGAGACGUUUCCGCGAAGCCUGGUUUCUCAAAUCUCACAUGAAGACGCACAAUACCAAAUCCAGGUCAAGGUCGAAGGCGGAGUCGGCUGAACAUCCAGUCACCAUCAACGACGUGGCCCAAGAUCCGGAUAUCGUGGCUAACUCAGUUACAUCUGUUUAUCAGGUCUGCUCCAAAUGUGGGAACCUGUUUCACUGCAGAGAGAGCCUGAGAGCCCAUGAAAAAGUCCAUAGUCUCAGCUAUGGCCGGAAACCCCUCAGCCAGUGCAGGCCGAGCGACGACGAAGACUCCCCAGCAGCCAAAAGACGUUUGCUAGACUACUUAAGCCUCCAGCCCGUUGAAGGGAAGACCCCGGAUGAAGAGGAGGACUGUGAGAACAAGAUCCUGGGUCAAAGAAUCCCAGAGCUGGAUCCGGUUUGCAGUUACCAGGCCUGGCAGUUAGCCACUAAAGGAAAGGUUGUGGAGCCAGUGGAGCCCAGCUACAAGGCCUCCUAUGGGGGAGGAAGCAUGGGGGAGGAGGCACUGGCCGGAGCCGCCGUGGUCUUCGAGAAGGAGAGCAGCCGGUACGUCCUGCAAGGCCAAGAGAAACGCGGCUCGGGCAGGCGCAGCAGCUCGGGGUUGGGAAGCCACGCGUCCUCGGGGGACCGGACGCCAGAGAGCCUCAGCGACUCGGAGUACCGACCCUCGUCCCGGCAGGACAAGCGGAGGCCGUCCCAGUCGCAAGCUUCCUCCAAGACCAACGAAUGCUUCGAGUGCGGCAAGGUGUUUCGCAGUCGGCAUCAGAUGAUAGUCCACCAGCGGGUCCACAGGAAGGACGGCGGCCGGGCGUCGCUGGGGGACAAGGAAAGGACUCCAAGAGACGAGCGAUGGGGAUCGACGAGCGAUCCGGAGUCAGGCUCGCCCAGUCGGCCGAGCACCCCGGGGUACGGAGACUCUCCACCGGCCUCCACUCUCGGAGACCAGGCUUCUGAGAUGGGAACAUCCAACUCUGGAGAGCUGGCAGAUGAAAAGCCUUACGUCUGCAGCCUGUGUGACUUCGUCACCGCCGAGUCGCAGGUCUACCUGAAUCACGUCCGCGUCCAUCAUCCGGCGGCGUCCAGAGACGGCCCCGGCGCCGGGCCGGACCGAGGCAGCCCCUCCGACUACCCCAAACUGAAGAAAGCUCUUCUCCAGGGGAUGAACCACUCCGCCUCCCCUCCCGCUUACCUCUCGGCCCGAUCCUCUCCUCUGGACCCCGCCAUGACCCCCGUGGAUCUGUGCGUGAGGGCCGAGGGCAUCAGGGGCGUGGCCCCGUCGGCGUCGGACAGGAAGAGCCUCCCCUCUCACAAGUGCUCCUUCUGCUCCCACUCCACCCGCUACCCAGAGGUGCUGUGGAUGCACCAGACCGUGGCCCACCGCAUCAACAGCAGCAGCUCCAACCUGGCUCCCAAAUGGGCUCCGAGAAACAACCUGAAGGGCUCCCGGGACGGCUCGUCGUCCUCCAGGAGACGCACCGGACCGCCGCCGGUCCUGGAGGGGAAGGAGUGCCAGCCGCUGCCCCCGCUGGCGCGCGCCCAGCGCACCCGGCCUCCAGCCGGCUCCGCCGAGGUCCAGAAGAAGAGCCGGCCGGCCACUCACGCCGCAACACCGUCGUCGUCUUCGACGCCCUCGCGAGGCUCCUCCUCCUCCUCCUCCUCCUCCUCUUCCUCCUCCUCUUCCUCCUCCUCCACCUCAGCCGGGAGGGUUCCCAUGCGGCCGGGCGGCAGCGCCGUCAGGCACGCGGACGAGCAGAGCCACCAGGCCCGCUUCAGACCCAAAGCGGACGCCUACCCUCGAGGGAGCUCCCUCUCCUCGUCCGGCCCGUUAGAGAAGCACACCGGCGCCCCGUCGCGGUCCUCGGCCCCGAGUCCCGCCGCUGCCGCCUCCAGAGGGCCCGACCGCUACGCGAUGCCGCAGGAAGGUCUGGGCUUCAUGCUGUCCAGCAAGCACGGCCUGGCGGAGUACAGCCGGGCCCGCGGCCCGCCGCACCUCCACCACCACAACCACCACCACCAGCCACUUCCCAACUCCCACGGCCUGGGCCGGCUCCACACUACAAGGCCCGGCGCCGCCGUCAGCAGCAGCUCCGCCAUGAGCCACGGCUACGGCGCCCCGCAGAACCCCCCCUCCCCCUCCCCGUCGUCGUCCUCCUCCUCCGCCUCGUCGCUGCCCGCAGAGGCCCGGGGAGACGUCAAGCAGGAGCCGAUCGCAGAGGCGCCGGAGAUGCAGCACGACAUCCUCAGCUUCCUGAAAAACUACAGCCCGCACGAGCUGGCGGCGCUGUACCACCGCUGGGGCGCCGCCAACGCCCUGCUGGACCCCACAGGAAUGUUUCGGUCGCUCAUGCGGCAGGGGCAGUACUUCUGCCACGAGUGUGGGAAGAGCUUCAGUCAGCCCAGCCACCUGCGCACUCACAUGAGGUCCCACACAGGGGAAAGGCCAUUCUGCUGCCAGCUCUGCCCAUACCGAGCCUCUCAGAAAGGGAACCUAAAGACGCACGUCCAGAGCGUCCACCAUAUGCCUUUUGACAACAGCCAGUACCCGGACGGCAGGAGCCUGGAGGAGCGGGGAGCGGGAGGAGGACCGGCGGCCAGUCACCCCCCCACCACAUCCACAGUGACACCCGGAGACCCCCGUGACUGAUAACACUGACGGAGCCGCGCCUCGUCCGGAUCGAAGCCCCGAAACCUCCCGCCUCCCAGCGUCUCCCUCCCCACUCUUUCAACAGUUCUUGUAGUUUUGGGAAGUUUAUUUUUCACCGUACGGACUUUUAUUAAAGCGUCGCGAGGGUCUGAUGCGGACAUGAGGAAAAAAGAAGAGAGAUCACCAGUGAUACUUCUUUUUUUAAAAAAAAAAAAAAAACAUGGAAGCCCUGAAAAUUCACCUCGCCUCUUGCUGCCAUUUUGGAGGUACCCAGAAGUGAAGCUGCCGAGUGCAAGCUUUACCUUAAGAAGUCGAGAAAACAAUAAGUGAACAUGCAUUUUAAUCAAAGACUGCGGCGAUGCAUGGCUGCUGUAGUUUCCCCCCUUAAUCCUUAAUUUUUUUUAAUUUUUUUUUUUUUUAGCUUUAUUGUGCAAGUUUGUGCAUUCCUCAGGACACCAACAACAAGCAAGAAAGAGACGUCCGUCAGCAGACGGCUGGCGCGUCCAUAGAAAACUUGCAUCUUCUCUUCUGCCUGUGUGUCUGUGUGUGUGUGAAUGUGUGUGUGUGUGUGUGUUUCAAGCUGGAGUGUGUUAAACUGACUUCCCUUGACUCCGAGGUGCAGCGGUGGGAGUGCAGUGACCACCGGGUGGCUGUGAGGAAGAGGAGGAGGAGGAGGAGGAGGGAGGAGGGAUAGAGAGAGGAACAACGCUAAUGGGGGUUUCUGCUUUAGUGCUCAUUAAAAGAAAAAAAAAGUGUGCGUUUUUAAUAGCCAGUAUAAAUGAGCGUACCGGUUUUAUGGCCGCUCAGUUAUUGUCCAUUUAAGAGGAAGGGACUGAGUGAGGUUUUCCUUUCAUGACUCAGUCAUGUUCGAGUGUUUCCCACUCCGGCCCGGUCCAGACCGCGUCCUGUUUAAAGUUUAAACUCCUGCCGCCACUUCCUGGUCAUCACCAACCAAACACAGCCUUUGAAGGAGCUCAGCAAAUAAAUCACAGAAAAUAAAGCAAACAAAUAAUGAUUGAAAUCCAAAUACUCGCUAUUUUCGCUCAGAAGACUUUAAAAGAAAUCAAGAGCUCCUCUGAGCUCCUGUUGGUUAAAAUCACUUCAGAUAACUGUUUUUCUGACCAGACUGAACGUUGCUCCUUCAGCUUAACCCCGGCCUGAGCAGAAAUACCAACUCGUGAUUGUGUCUGCGGCAGCAGACUCCAGUGAACCCGACCGUUCUUUGUUCUCUGAGUGGACACUGGUGCCAAAUCGGACUGAACUCCAUCAAAUCGUUGGAGGACUUGGAGAAGUUCUGGUCCAUCCAAAACCCGUCAGUCACAUUGAUCCUCGACCCAAUGAGUGUGUGUGUGUCAAGUUUAAUGAAAUGAGACGGACAUUUAGACUUUCAAACUCCUGGCCGACUGAUUUUUGAUACAAUUCUCCACGUUUUUGCACAAAUGUCACAAACUCUGAACGGAAGACUGCGAGCCGGGGAAAUCCAACCCUCCAUCAGCAACAGGAGACGCAUUGAGCGUCAAUGCAGAGCCGAUUUGAGUCCCUUUAGAACGUCUACCCGGACUAAUGAUCCAUCAGUCCAGGUCCUUGAAUGGCGAUGUGGAGAUUUGCAUUCUGGGUAGGAUAAAGAGAGUGUCAGGAGGUCAGACUCUCAGAGGGAUCAGGGAUAAACACACAGAUGAGGUUGGAGACUUUCUGAAGCCUGUUUAGCUGUCACGGCCUUAACACCCAGUGUGUGUGUGUGUGAGAGAGAGAGAGAGAGAGAGAGAGAGAGAGUGUGUGUUUUUAGGCAUUUUCUUUGUGGUUGUCUAAAUCUCUGUAGACGCGUCGUGGACUUGCUUCUACCUCCGACUGUUAGCUUUGUUUGCUUGGAGCCCCUUAUACUUGUUACCAAAAUGAAGAAAAAGCCGAGUCGGGCUGGACGAGGCGGACGGACGGACGGACGGACGGACGGAUGGACGGAAGACACAGAGCAGAUGAAAUUCCCACCAGUUUUUCAGAGUACUGUACUUUCCAUCGACUCUGGUUGCUCCACCAGUCGGUUUGUUGGGUAAAACAUGCAGGACUGUGCUUAAUUAUGCCUACUUAUACACACACACACACACACACGUGCGCGUGUGUGUGUGUGUGUGUACAGAAGGUGUGGGUAGUGAAAAAUACUUGAAACGGAUUCUUCUAGCCUUUGAGGUAGUGUAGUACUAAUACCAAUGUUGUACAGAAUUCCCUUUAAGAUUAACUCCUCAGUUAUGAAUUUCUACUCCGAAGUGUGACUUAGAGAAACAGAGACUAUGAAGCAGGAGUGAGUGUCUGUAACAUAAAGUGUAUAUCUGUAACCCACUCUUACCAAACCCUUUAUCUACAGCGGUAGAAACCAAAUGGCAUUACUAGUGCACUUAGACUAGGUUAGUGCUUUAACCAUCCUCCUGUUUGUCCGGCUCCAGCCGAGGUUUCUGUCGGAAUGUCUUCUCAUGGUGCCGGCUGACACACUUCGAUGUAAUAAUCGGUUUAUUUUGGUUUUGUUUUCGUUAGAGUGAUGAUAUAGAUUGGAACGAUUCGUCCUGUGACGGCACAGCUUCUUUAGUGCUUUUUCUUUUUUUAAGAGUGUGUUUUUUAGUCUUUGCUAAGCUGUAGGGUUUGUUGAGUAGCUGGUGGUGGCUGUCCUCCCCGAGGGGCUGGCGGGUCUUCUUCUUCUUCUUCUUCUUCUUCUCUUCUUCGGUUGAGUUUUCAUCUCUUUAAGUUGUAUUAUUUGUGUUUUUUUUUUUUGUUUUUUUUUGUUUUUUGUUAUGAACUUCAUGAUUAAUUUACUUUUAGAAGACUUUAUUAUUCCAAAUGUAUUUUGGUUGAUAUCUGUAUUUAUUAUCACUUCAAAAAAAAAAAAAAAAAGGAUGAGAGGACGGAGGCAGACAGGAGUGUUUGUUUUAAUCUGAUUUCUUUUCUCUGGGCUGUUUUUGUUUUUCUACUGUGUAGUUCUUCUUCUCUUUUCUUUUUCUUCUUCAAGCCAGCAAGCCGAUGUGAAAGCUCUACCUCGUCUGAGCCAUUCUCAGUUCUGUUACACUUUUUUUUUGUACAUCAUUUCAAACAGAUGUAAUGUCAUGUCCACAAUAAAGACACACAAAAUAGCACCUGUUGGCGCUGUUUCAUCUGCCUCCGGCGUGUUUGUUUCUGAUCUGCUUCACAUUAAGAUGAAAA